AUGACUCCCUCAACACAAUCGACUGACCUUCCUGUCAACGAGGUUCCGGCCGACGUUCGCUCGGUGUCAGAUGAAUCGGACACCAGCAACGAAGAAGGAUGGGAAGACGUUGAGCCCGAGGAUGACUCGCAGCCCGUCGUCGGAUUGUUUUCGGACACUAUUUUUCCAGAUAUCCGGUCAAUGCUGAAAGAAUGCAAGGAAAAAAAUAAUUUUGACCUACGAAAGAUCCAGAAAGACUUGGAUCUCGACUUCCUGGAUACCAUUAAGCUGGUCAACUACGUUCGGUCUGAGGUGAAGGCUGGCAACCAGACUCCCGAUGUCUCCUCCAAAGCGAAGUUUGAGGACGAUGCCUACUUGAAGCCCGUCUUAGAGGAUGAUGCUGUUCUUUACAGCUUGGAUGACAUCACUGAAGACCAAAACGAACAAGCUGCACCUGGUACUGAAGCUGAACGUAAAGUGCUUGAGCUGCAGGAGGAGUUGGAGCGCCUGCAAACCCAGUUCUCCGAGUACAGGCUUGCAGUGCAAAAGUCGAUGGAUGAUCAACUGGAUAAGGAGGAUGAGAAGCUUGAACCUGGCGAGAAUGCGAAGCGCCCUGUGAAGGAUCGCCUGGAGGAUGCUGAUGCCGAUUAUUUCACAUCGUACUCCUACAAUGCUAUCCACGAAUCCAUGCUCAAGGAUGCCAUUCGUACCGAUGCGUACCGUGACUUCGUCUAUGAGAACAAGAACCUCUUCAAAGACAAGGUCGUCCUGGACGUGGGCUGUGGAACAGGAAUCUUGUCCAUGUUCUGUGCCAAGGCUGGCGCGAAGAAGGUCAUCUCGGUUGACAACUCCAAUAUCAUUGACCGUGCUCGUGAAAUCGUGUACGACAAUGGCCUCGGCGACGUAAUCACCUGUAUUCGUGGUAAAAUUGAAGAAGUCACACUGCCCGUUGAGCAGGUGGACAUCAUUAUCUCUGAAUGGAUGGGUUAUGCGCUGCUCUUCGAAGCUAUGUUUGACUCUGUCAUCUAUGCUCGCGACCGUUAUCUUGCUCCUGGCGGUCUCAUGGUCCCUUCGCACGCAACUCUCCGGGUUGCCCCUUAUGCUGACCCAGACUUUGUCGCGUCGCAUAUCUCCUUCUGGAAUAAUGUUUAUGGCUUCAAGAUGAAUGCCAUGAAGAUGAACAUUCAUGACGAGGCUCUUGUUCGCCACGUCCCCACCACAUCCAUUGCUGCGGAUUCGGCGGUUUUCCUGUCCUUGCCCUUGCAUACCAUCACUGUCGACGAAUUGACCUUCUUGAAGGACUUCAAGGUCACACUGAGUCAGGAUAUCGACGCGCUCGAUGGGUGGGCCAUCUGGUUCGACAUGUUUUUCAUGCCCUCCGCAGAUUCAACCGUGCCCAGCGAUGCUGUUCCCGCUGACAUGCAGAAGAAGGGUUAUGUUGCGUUCACCACCGGUCCAUUUGGAACUGAGACGCACUGGCAGCAAACAAUUUGUCUCAUUGACCACGGCAAAGAAGAGCCACGGGCUCUGAAGAAGGGCCAGGUCAUCACGGGUCAGAUUGGCUACCAGAAGAAGGAGCAAGGUUCUCGUCUUUUGGAUUUGAGCAUCCAGUGGCAGGUUGACGAGAACUCCAAGGGUGCCCAGCGCUGGUCUCUUCAGUGA